AUGACUGAAGUCACUGAGAAUGACAUCUCGGGGGCUGACGAAUUUCCUCUUCACCGUGCAGUGCGACGGGGUGACGUGAACACUGUGGAAAGCUUGCUGAAGCAUGGAGCAGACCCCAAUGAGAAGGAUCGUAGGGAGACGACACCCAUACACUUUGUCAAUCACUUGAAUGAAGACUCCUACCAAAUGGUACACGUUUUGUUGAAAUAUGGUGCGGACAUGCUGAUUAGAAACUGUUAUGGACAGCUACCGUUUGAAGAAGCUUUAGCGCUUUCUAACAAGAAAGUCUGCAAGGCUUUUGUAGACUGGGGAUUUUCCCUUCAAAAAUGUGACCGCAUGCAUAAUGGCACAUACGAGCUACUUAGCCAAGUUCAGCUGUUUCAACCUGAUGCUACAAAGACACUUCAAGUUCUUGUUGAUCUAGGGGUUGAUCUAACCACUGCACUGUCCUCAAGAGGUGAAACCCUGCUACACCGAGCGGUAGAGUAUGGUGUUAGCUUGGAAACUAUACAAUUUCUUAUCAGAUCCAGACUCUCAGUAAACCAGCAGAACUGCUUAGGAAUGACGCCUUUGCAUAUGAUGCGGUUCACUGACUGCAACUUAGAUUGCAAUGAAGAAGAGAAAUACAGGCAUGUAGAAGUUAUAAAGUGUUUCAUAGAAGAAGGAUAUGGUGUGAAUUGCCAAGACGUCUUUGGAUGCACAGUUGUUCAUUACAUCGUCUCUGAAAUGCGACAGAGCUCCAUCCUGCGAUAUCUUAUUAGUCAUGGUGCAAAUUUAAACGUCAAAGAUAGAAAUGGCGAGGCACCUCUGCAUUUAUCCUGCUACUGGAGAAAUUUAACAAAUGUCAAAGAAAUGAUUGAUGGGGAUUGUCUGACUGAUAUUCGAGACAAUCAAGGUGCAACCAUCUUUCACUAUACUGUUUUCUACAACAAUCCAACAGUUCUUGAAUAUCUUUUAAAUGAUCUUCACGAGCCAUCUCUGGUUGUUGCACCAGAUGACUCGGGAAGAACUCCACUUCAAUUGGCCAUGUAUUUUGGAUAUGUAGAACUAAUAGAGCUCUUUAAGAGCUAUUUCCAAUCCUUGAAGAAAUGCCCAAGCAAAUGUGUAGGCAGCAUACCAGAUUGUUUUCCUCUGAAAGAUGAAAUUGAAGUUUUUGAACAAGAAGAAGUUAAUAGUAUGCCAUCAGAGGACUUCGUUAUGAAAGAUCACCAGAAUAAAACACUUCACAAGGUACUUAGUUCUCCUGUCAUUGGAAUGCUACCAGAACUGGAUGAAGUAAAGCGAGUUGAAGAAGCUGUAAACCAACUUAUUGAACAGGUAUCCAUGAAAGUAAACAAAAACUGCCCACUUUUUUCUUUUGAGCCUAGACUCUCUGGUAGUUUAAGCGAGGGAACUAAGUGUGGAUUCCCAAAUGAGUUUGACUUCCUGUGUACAAUGGUGGAACUAUCAAAUCUUUUUUUGGAUCCAGUAGUGGAUUCCAGUCCUCCAAUGUUUGGCCAACUGCAACUCAAACCUGAGAUUUGUCUCCCCGACCAUGAAGUCUCACAAUAUGUGGACAAAGACAAAAGUUUGCGAUCUGCAAAAUUGAUGGAGGAUUUCACAGAGGCACUUAAUAGUGCCCUUUUAGAAAAGGACAUUUGGGAAGGCGUGCCAGCACUUUCACCAGUGAGUUUGUGUGUAAAGAGUGCAAAUGCAACCACAAUUCGCGUCAGGUGGCAUGGGCAUGUCUUCAAAGAUAUGCUAAUUUCUGUAGAUGUUGUCCCAGCACUUUUUUUCUCCAAUUUCUGGCCACCGAAUGUCUCUAAGACAGCACUUUUAACACCAAAGAUCAAAGAAAAUGGGAUUCAUGUUGUGUUUGCUCUACACAAUGACAGGUUUUUUGAAAGCCAAGAAAAGCACUUUCGCCUUUCAUUUUCUCUUGCUGAAACUGAGAUAUUCAAAUCCCUUCCAGAGCAAGUUUGCCGGGGUUACAUUCUUGCAAAGGCAAUCAGGAAUUCAUAUGUAUGUCCACAAAUUGCACCCAAAACAAAGGUGCAGACAUCUACACACACAUUUUCUGAAAUGCAAAUGGAAUGUUUAGCUGAAAAUGAUGAAGAAGUGAUAGAUUGUCCUGAACAGGGCUUGUCUAGAAAAGAGUGGCAGCAAAUCCUAGAGAGUCAAGAAGGAGAAGAGGUUGAAGCUGAGUUAAUUGAACCUGUGGAUAAUGAUAUCCAUGCAGAUAAAAUCAUUACCACUUAUUUCCUGAAAAAUGCACUGUUUUCAUUGGUGAACAAGUCUUGUAACAGAGAACUUGGUGUGGAUCUUCAGAACUAUUCUCAGGAUCAAGCCACUGUUUGGGCAAAACUUAUUUAUGACUACAUUGAAGAUUGCCUCACAGAGAAAAGGCUGUCAUCAUUUUUUAUACCCAGCUGCAACUUACUUAACAAGGCCUAUGAUGGGGGACAACACGAGCUUGUGUUUAAGUCAGGAGCAGAAUUUGAGCCCCUGUCCACAACAGAUGAUGAUGAAUCCCAAGAUUUUGAUGAGACAGAGGAAGAUUUUGAAUACUUAAGAAAGCUUUUUGUUAAAAUGCUAAGGGGAAUUCUCCAGUCCCACUAA